UUUGUUUGUUCGGCAAUAUUAGUUGACUUCCGCAUUUGGCAGUUAUUGAACAAACAAAAAAGACAUAGGAAUAGUAGAUUAAAGUGUAACUAACUAACUAACUGAUUACACUAAUUAACAUUAUGAGUAAUUACAUGAAUUAUGAUCGUUAUGGUCAACCCACUAAGUUAGAACAAAAUGCUUCUACGAAUUUAGAUCAAGAUGUCAAUAAUUCUCGAAUUGUUAAAUAUCAUGAACGUCAGAAUGAGAUUAAGAAAUAUCUUGAUGAUAUACUUACUCCACAUUAUACAACACUAUUGAUAAAUAAAUUUGGUAAAGAUUGGCAAAAUUAUGAUCUAAUGGAUAUUCUCAAAGAUGGAGAAGUGUUAUGUAAAUUAGGAUUAUUAUUAUCAUCAUCAGUAACUCCCAAUCCAUGUCUGAAAUUUAAAAAUUCAAAGAUUGCAUUUAUACAAAUGGAAAAUAUUUCCUUCUUCCUAUCAUUAUGUCAAAUUAUUAAACUUAAACAUGAUGAAAUAUUUCAAACUGUAGAUUUAUAUGAAAAUAAGGAUCCUUAUCAAAUCAUUAUUACCCUUAUGGCAUUUUCUCGUUUAGUUAAUGAUAUAGAUCCUACAAUCUUUAAGUACGUAGUGGGUCCAAAGCCUGUCAAGAUAAAACCUCAAGUUCCAGUCAAACCUUUUGCAUUACGAUCUUAAUCAAAAAAACAAGUAAAGAAUUAGAGUAAUCUGAAACAAAUAGUAUUAUUGUCAGGAACAUUGAUGAUAGAAAGUAGGACAAAUCUUUAUCAUGAUCAAUUAAUAUAUGUUUAUUAAUUUAAUAU